CGCGAGCAAGUAGUGACGCCGCCACUGCCGACCCACAGUACUUUGGGCUCCCCGAUGGACAUGUCUGUGGAUUUUAAAACUUAUGUAGAUCAGGCAUGUAGAGCUGCUGAGGAAUUUGUCAAUAUUUACUAUGAAACAAUGGAUAAAAGAAGACGGGUUCUAACCAGACUGUAUCUGGACAAGGCCAAUUUAAUAUGGAAUGGAAAUAUUAUCUCUGGGCUGGAAGCUCUAGCUAAUUUUUUUGACAUGUUGCCUUCUAGUGAGUUCCAGAUCAAUAUGUUAGAUUGCCAACCAGUUCAUGAGCAAGCUACCCCACUGCAGACCACUGUUCUUGUUGUGACCAGUGGAACGGUGAAAUUUGAUGGAAACAAGCAGCACUACUUCAACCAGAAUUUCCUGCUGACUGCUCAGUCCUCUCCUAACAAAACUGUGUGGAAGAUUGCAAGUGAUUGCUUCCGUUUUCAAGAUUGGGCUAGUAGUAGUUAA